UUUCGGACUCUUUUAGGUUUGUGAGAAUCUCUGGUGUUCUUCUCACGUUCAGGUGGAUCACCAGACGGAACGUCUUCUCAUCUUCAGCUUAGCAGAGCUGUCAUGCUACCCAAAGUCGAGUCAGACUCUCUAGGACUCGCUCGAUCGCAUGGGGAACAGGGGCAUAUGCCUGGAAACAUGCAAGCCCCUCAGUUUAAAAUGAUGGACUACUCUUAUGAUGAGGACUUGGACGAAAUGUGUCCUGUGUGUGGGGACAAGGUGUCGGGAUAUCACUAUGGCCUGCUUACCUGUGAGAGCUGCAAGGGCUUCUUCAAGCGCACUGUGCAGAACAACAAGCGCUACACGUGCAUCGAGAACCAGAGCUGUCAGAUCGACAAGACCCAGCGCAAGCGCUGCCCUUUCUGCCGCUUCCAGAAGUGCCUCAAUGUCGGCAUGAAGCUGGAAGCUGUGCGGGCUGACCGCAUGCGUGGUGGGCGCAACAAGUUUGGCCCCAUGUACAAGCGGGACCGAGCACUGAAACAGCAGAAGAAAGCCCUGAUCCGGGCCAACGGGCUAAAGCUGGAAGCCAUGACCCAGGCUAUGCAGACGGUGCCGGCCGACCUCACCAUCUCCUCAGCCAUCCAGAACAUCCACUCGGCCUCUAAGGGCCUGCCGCUGAGCCACCAUCACCACCACCACCAUCACCACCACCACCACCAUGGCUCAUCCAGUGCGGGGCUCCCGCCAUCAGACUACGACCGCAGCCCGUUCGUCACGUCACCCGUCAGCAUGGCCAUGCCGCCCCACGGUGGCGGGAACAGCGGCCUGCAGGGCUACCAGCCAUACGGCCACUUCCAGAGCCGCACCAUCAAGUCCGAGUACCCGGACCCGUACACCAGCUCGCCCGAGUCACUCAUGGGCUACCCGUACGUGGACGCCUAUGCGGGUGGCUCGCCACCCAGCUUCCCGCACCUGGUGGCCGAGCUGCUAAAGUGCGAGCCCGAUGAGCCGCAGGUGCAAGCUAAGAUCCUGGCCUACCUUCAGCAGGAGCAGGCCAGCCGCGGCAAGCACGAGAAACUCAACACCUUCGGCCUCAUGUGCAAGAUGGCUGACCAGACGCUCUUCUCCAUCGUGGAGUGGGCCCGGAGCAGCAUCUUCUUCCGUGAGCUGAAGGUUGAUGACCAAAUGAAGCUCCUGCAGAACUCCUGGAGCGAGCUCCUCAUCUUGGACCACAUCUUCCGGCAGGUGAUGCAUGCCAAGGAGGGCUCCAUUCUGCUAGUCACAGGGCAACAGGUGGAUUAUGCCCUAAUUGCCUCCCAAGCUGGGGCUACCCUCAACAACCUCCUGAGUCACGCACAGGAGCUGGUGAGCAAGCUGCGUUCCCUCCAGCUCGACCAGAGGGAGUUUGUCUGCCUCAAGUUCCUGGUGCUGUUCAGCCUGGACGUGAAGAACCUGGAGAACUUCCACCUUGUGGAGAGCGUCCAGGAGCAAGUCAACGCAGCACUGCUGGACUAUGUCAUGUGCAACUACCCUCAGCAGACGGACAAGUUCGGCCAGCUGCUUCUGCGGCUACCUGAGAUCCGGGCCAUUAGUCUGCAGGCGGAGGAGUACCUCUACUACAAGCACCUGAAUGGCGACGUUCCCUGCAACAACCUGCUCAUCGAGAUGCUGCAUGCGAAACGUGCCUGAAAGUCGUGGGUGAACGAGGACGUACAGCAACCCAGCAAGCCAUGCCCGCCGAUCCCAGCGGUGCCCUUCCAGUUGAGCGCCGUCAGCCACCAGAGCCUCCAGACACUCAGACAGAGGCCUCACACCAUGACUCCGUGGUAUCUUUAUGGUGUCCUGCAUGGUUCAUGUUGAUUCCGUGGUUUGGUCCAAACAGGGAAAAGUAGAAUAAAUGAACACUUGAAAAUGAGUUUGGCAGGGACCGUCCUCCACCCCCAACCCACAAUCAAACAGAAAAUCAAACAAAACAAACUGUGAUAUAAUGACUUUUGAUCUCUAAGUGCGAGUAUCACUCAUCAUGUGGUUUCAUGAGCAGCUGAACUAACUUUCACUAAGACAAGCUGGAGGGUUUAAGAUAAGACUGUGACACCUCCUCUAAGAAUUAAACUCAUUUGCCAGCAUUGGACCUGUAUUUCAAUUUAGACUCAGCCAAAUGGCCCCCUAAUGUCUGUUUUAAGGCACACAAGUCACGGCAGAGGUUGUUUUGUGGUAUGAGGUGAACUGCAUCGGAUGGCAUCUUGCUUUGCUUUGAGACUAGUUUGCAGCCCCUCACCAAAAAAUGUGCAUCAAGACAUAAGAGGAAACACUGACAAACUGUAUGUAUCUUUUAGAAUGGCAGGCAUUUCUUCUUUUUACUCAAGAUGCUAAUAUAUGCCAAAUUCUUCCCUCACAAAAAAUCAAUUUAUGAACUUUUAUCUUUAAACAAACAACCGUGUUUUCAUUAAUUAGUUAUUGCAUAGUUCAGUUUGCCAACAUGGUUUUACCAGUUUGGUUAUGGAGGGAAAACAGAAGAUGAUUAUCUUCCUCUUAAGCUCCUCCUCCCAUCAGAAGUUGGAAUACAUGGUUCCAGAGCAAAGUGGAAGAUAUACUGCCUCAGUCAAAACAAGACCAAAGCCUGCUGCAGAACAAACGAAAAGAAAAAAAAAGACACCAACCUUAACUAUCAGUAUUAUGAAUUUGUGAUGUCACAGUUAUGUGAGUCUUGCCUUAUUUCAUCACCAUGCUAGCUAACUGUGCUGAUGUGAACUAUAACAUGUAAAAUAAAAAAGUAUAUAUAUAUUAAGUAUUAAUGUAAUACAAUUAAGAAGAGACAAGAGGUGUUUACAUUCAUGUGGUCAUGUGGGAGAGAACUGUGAUGUAAAUUGGAGGUGAGGUAAAUUGCAAAGCAAUGAUUUCUUCUAAAAAAGAAAAAUGUUUGUUUUUGUUAUUGUUUGUUUUUUGUUUUGUGUGUGUACAGUUUUAAUCUUGACCAGUACUUAAUUAUGUCGUGAGACACUAAAAUCAGAAAGGAAUCUCACUUAAUAUUUGUGUUUCAAACUUUUUGGUCUAUUGAUCAAUUUUUCGCUGAUUGUGCUUGCAUUAUUCUGUCAGUUUUAUUUUGUAGAACAUGAUUUUAUGUUCUGCUUUCUAAAUGUAUGUCACUGGUUAAGCUUAAAGAUAAACAUAAUUUAUUGAGUCCUGGUUUCACCAUUGUGUGUUUAAAGCAGGAGGAGGUCAUAUACAAUGUGUUUGUUUACUAAAGCAUGUUUUCAAAAAUGUAUAUACAAGAUACAGUUGAGGAGCCACAAAAUGAUCCAUUAAACCUCUGUUCAUCUCACCACUGUAAAAUUAUGAGAGCUGUACUCAAGUGGGGUGACUGACCAUUGCACCGCCUUCUACAAUAUGGUUUAAAACACAUUUCCAUCAGUUCUGUGUGUUCUAUACCAAAGACAGCAUCAGUCCUUUGACCUGUAAUUACCUGUUCUGCAUCACAAUGAAUGGACAACAGCUCUGAGCUUUUAUCUUCAUCUAUUGAUCAGUGUGGCAUUCCAUAUGGCCUGCUGGAAGGCUCUGGAUGUCUUACAUAAAUGUUGGGUCGUGAUUAGUGUUGGGACAAUAAUCAAUAUCACCACUUAAUGUUCGUUUCAGUCAUUAAUUAAAAUAAUUACCAUGGUUAUCACAUUUAUUGAAUUUUCAAAUGCACACAAAAAUAAAAUGUCUUUUACAUGUUAGCAUUAUAAUUCCCUUACGUUUAAUCACCUUUGUAUUAAAAAAAAAAAUGUUUUUAGCUUACAAAACUUGUCCCACAUCUACUCAUGACAUUUGAUGGAUUGUGUCUCACAAACCAGUGUAAAAUGAAGUAAAUUUUCUACAAGAAUCAGAAUGCUAAAACAGUGUUUGCUCAAUAGGAUGUACCAAGAAAUACACAUAUUCCCUUCUAUUUGCAUAUUUAAAUCCAGAAGUUACACAGUCAUAUAUUUCAAAUUCUUGCCUUUUUUUUCUUUAUUUAUUUAUGUAGUUUUUGUUUGUUUGUUUUAAGCCAAUACAACCAGUCUUCGUGGGUUUAGUGGCAAUAUAAAAUAUAUCCUCCAUUUGUUAUAAAUUCAAUGCAUGUGAACACAGACAAUCUUAAACCUAAAACUGCUAUCUGCCCUUCAUUACUAUACAAUUCCCCUCUGAAGUUUUGCAGCUGCCCUGUAUGCUUAGAAACCUCUGAGCAUUGAGUUCGGGAGCUAUUUUACAAGCCCUGGAUGCCAUAGCCUGAGCCAGGUUCUGUCACAGCGUUUCCUUUUGGUGAAUUCUAGCCCUCAUAUUUCAAUAAACUAGUAUUGCAAAUCA